GUUUUUUCUCACAAAAUGGUUAAAUCCUUUGUUUUCAGAACACACAUGCAAGAUUUAAAAGAUGUGACCAACAACGUCCAUUAUGAAAAUUAUAGAAGUAAGAAACUAAGUUCGGUUACCACGACUACCAUGGAUGGAAGGAGUAAAGCUCAAACCAAGAGUCCUCUCGCUCAAAUGGAGGAAGAAAAGUCGGAACACAUGCAAAAGAUGAAGAAGAUGGAAAUGGAAAUGGAAGAAGUCUUCCGGAUGAAAGUUCACGAGAAGAAGCAGAAAUUGCAGGAAUCUGAGGCAGAUUUGUCUCGUCGACACGAAGCAAUGAAAAAGAAAUUGGAAGCAGAAUAUGCUGCUCUAGACGAAAAGCAGCGACAAUAUGAGAAAGACAAACAAGAUUUCGAGGCUUUGCAACUUAAACUGAUGGAGGAUCGGAAAUCUGACAAGUAAGUUGACAUCAUUUUUCUUUUUUUUCCAUUUUUACUUAGUAUGUGUGUGCACAUGGUGUAGUGUCGUUAUUUUUUUCAUCGUUCAGUUUAGAAUGUGUGCAGUGUAAAUUAGUCAAAAUUUAAUUUUUAAACUAGUUUAAAUAGAUCUUAUUCAAACUCAAACAGUUACUAAUGAAGCAACAUAAUUUUCUUUGUUUGUUUUUAUUAUACAAUUUAAAUUAUCAAAAAAGGACAUAUUUUAAUAAUGAAAUGUAAAUGCUACAUGUAAUAUUCUUAAGUCCGAACAGUUGUUAGUUGUUACUGCUUACAUAUAAGCAGUAAUUAUCAUAAUAUGGUCUGUUCACAAACUGAAAACAUAAUUUCGAAAUCAAAUAUAUUUAAAAUUUAUCACAAUCUACUAACAGCUUUUGCUGUAAACUUUAGUUGCCAGACAUAAUAUAAAUCCAAAACAUUUCUUCAAGCUAAUUUGUUUUCAUACCUCAAUUUUAAUGUCCUAUUCAGCUUGCUCAUUUUUUGGAGUAUUUGGUUUGUCUUAAAAAAAAUAUAAAAAUUU